AUGCCGAGACAUUUAAAGAUGGAGGGAGGACAACGGAAGGUCGCUGAUGGUUCAGGAUCACCCAGGACAAAGUUCGAGGGUAGAGUCAACACCACCCGCUCCACUGGCAGCUGCAACAAUGUGCAGGAGCAUGUCAGUGUGAGGAAGAGGAGGACGGGUGAUGAUGGAGAGGUGCCCCCCAAAAGGAGGAGGUGUAGUAACCUCACCAAGCUCGCUGAACACAGUGAGGUGUCAGCGGAGGACUCAAGGAUCCGGCAGGGCAAGAGGAAGGCCAGUGCUGAUGCCGGAGCACCUGAAAAAAGAUCAAGGUGUAGCAUCGACAACAGCGACAGCACUGACCCCAGUGAGCUGUCAGUGGAGGAUGGAAGGAUCCGUCCUGGCAAGAGGAAGGCCAGUGCUGACAGUGACGCACCCGAGAAGAAGAUGAGGUGCAGCUCUGAGUCCUUCAGCCGUCCCACUAGCACCACUGAAUCCAGUGCUAAGCUGGAGAAUGUCAGUUGUGAUGACGACGGAGGGGACGUCAGUCAGGAGAGACUCUAUGAGAUGUCCUCCUUAGAAAACAUUAGCAGAGCUGAUUUUGAGGACAAGUACCGUCAGCUCGGUCCGUUGGGCGCAGGAGGCUUCGGCUCAGUGUUCACUGGCCUCCGGAAAUCAGACAAUUUACUAGUGGCCAUCAAGCACAUUCCCAGAGGGUCUGUGAGAUGUGAAAGAGUGAUGUGCAAUGGGAAGGAAUUUGACAUCGUCCUCGAGGUGUUCUUCAUGCUCAAAAUCGCAGGUCUGCCAGGAUCCACUCGAGAAUCUGCUGCUGUGUCCCUGCUGGACUGGUACCUUCGGGACCAGGAGCUGAUCCUGGUAAUGGAGAAACCAAAGGCCUCCAUGGACCUUCACAAAUAUGUGAAAUCCUGCGGAGGAUCCCUGGAUGAACAGGAGGCAAAGAUGAUCCUGAGACAGCUGGUGGACGCGGCCGUGGACAUGCACUCCAAGGGCGUCUUUCACCGGGACAUCAAGUUACAAAAUGUCCUGGUUCAGUUGGACUCGGACGUACCGAGAGUGCGAAUCAUCGACUUUGGCUGUAGCAGCUUCUCGACGGAGGACACUUACACUUCUAUUUGUGGUACCCGUGUAUACUUCCCUCCAGAGUGGUUUAAUUAUCAGGCCCACUGGGCCCGUCCCACCACUGUGUACCAGCUGGGGGCGCUCUUCUAUUCUUUGCUGAGAGGACACAAGUUUUUCACCACCUGGACCUACCACAGCGGCCGCAUUAGGAUCAACCCUGAACUGUCUACAGAUGUGAAGCUCUUGCUACUUAGGUGUCUGGCCAGUGACCCGAUGGAGCGAGCCACGCUGGAGGAGCUACAGAUGAACUCCGCCCUCAGAGAGCUCAGCCCUCCACCCGUCCUGAGGCCUCCAUCAUAA